CACCGGGGCCGGCGCCCUCCCCUGCAGCGCUGCCGCGCGCCCGCGGAUAGUCCGCGCGCGGGCCCUGGAGCCCCUCAGCCUCUCAGCGUCCGUCGUCUCGGGCCCCGGGGGAUGCCCCGGUUAGGUCCCCCUCAUGGCCGCCGACGUUUUCAUGUGCUCCCCUCGCCGGCCCCGCAGCCGGGUCCGCUCGGUGCUGCUCAAGUCGCCGGUGCCAGAGGACGACGACGACUCGGACACGGAUGAGCCGUCCCCGCCGCCUGCCUCCGGCUCGGCCUCCGUGGCCCGGGCUCACGCGAGCGCCGCGCCGCUACCGCCCCGGAGCGGCUCGGGCCGGGAGGAGCCUCCGCGCCGCCAGCAGAUCAUCCAUAGCGGCCACUUCAUGGUGUCGUCGCCUCACCGCGAGCACCCGCCCAAGAAGGGCUACGAUUUCGACACGGUCAACAAACAGACAUGCCAGACCUACAGCUUUGGCAAGACCAGCUCCUGCCACCUGUCCAUCGACGCCUCGCUCACCAAGCUGUUCGAGUGCAUGACCCUGGCCUACAGUGGGAAGCUGGUGUCGCCGAAGUGGAAGAACUUCAAGGGCCUGAAGCUGCAGUGGAGGGACAAGAUCCGGCUCAACAACGCCAUCUGGCGGGCGUGGUACAUGCAGUAUUUGGAGAAGCGCAAGAACCCUGUGUGCCACUUUGUCACCCCGCUGGACGGCUCUGUGGAAGUCGAUGAGCACCGCCGGCCAGAGGCCAUCACCACUGAGGGGAAGUACUGGAAGAGCCGCAUUGAGAUCGUGAUCCGGGAGUACCACAAGUGGAGGACCUACUUCAAGAAAAGGCUGCAGCAGCACAAAGAUGAGGACCUUUCCAGUCUGGCCCAGGACGAUGACAUGCCUUACUGGCACAAACAUGGGGAUGGCUGGAAGACCCCAGUGCCCAUGGAGGAGGACCCGCUGCUGGACACAGACAUGCUUAUGUCGGAGUUUAGCGACACCCUCUUUUCUACCCUUUCCUCACACCAACCGGUGGCCUGGCCCAACCCUCGGGAAAUAGCUCAUCUGGGGAACGCAGACAUGAUCCAGCCGGGGCUGAUCCCCUUGCAGCCCAACCUGGACUUCAUGGACACCUUCGAGCCUUUCCAGGACCUCUUCUCUGCCAGCCGUGCCAUCUUCGGUUCCGUGCCGCCUGUGCCCGCCUCAGCGCCUGUGCCAGAUGCCAGCAGCUCACCUGCCGAGGACAGCAUCCUGCCGGCCACUGCGCUGCCUACCGUGAGCCUCCCCGACAGUCUCAUCGCGCCCUCCGUGGGGCCCCCCCUCCAGCCUUCGGCCAGUCAGGGCUGUGACCGUGCCUCACAGCCUGGGGACCCCUUCCUGCAGUCCCCGGACUUCACUCCCUCAGAAUCGCCGCUGGGCGUUGCACAGCCCUUCCUCCCCGUCUUCCCCAUGCCCUUGCUCUCCCCCGGCCCCACCCAGACGCCCAGUCCACCUGGGAUUCCCUCAGUGCCCCCUCCUGGUCCAGCCCUAACGCCCCCUGCACCUCCUGCCUUCCAGCAGCUGCCGAGGUUUUCAGGGCUCAGCAAGCCUCCCCCCGUCAUCACCCACACAGCCUCUACCACCCUCACCCACGCAGCUGCCACCACCACCUUCAGCCAGAGCCAGGGCCUUGUGAUCGCAGCCCCCCAUCCGCCACCUUCGCCAUCCCCCUGCCCCCUCACCCUGUCACCGGUCCCCCAGCCACCGGCCAUCGGGUCUUCCCAGACUCGUUUAACUUUUGUACACCCCAAACCUGUGUCCUUGACUGGAGGGAGGCCUAAGCAGCCCCUCAAAAUAGUGCCUGCCCCAAAACCCGAGUCCAUGUCCUUGGUGUUGAAGAGCACGCACCUGACCCCAGCAGCUGCCUUCCCAGGCCACCCACAAGCAGUGAUCAUGACGUCCGGCCCUCUCAAGAGAGAAGGGAUGCUGGCGUCCACAGUAUCCCAGCCCGGCGUGGUCAUCACACCUGCUUCCAUCCCCAGGGUGAGGGGGCCCAGUGCACCUGUGCUGCCCCUCGGACCCCAGGCUCCUGGAGUCACCGAAUUCCACAGUGGCAUCCUGGUGACAGACCUCGGCCACAGCUCAAGCAGCCAGCCGGCCCCCGUCUCCCGGCUCUUCUCCCCAGGCAUCGUGCAGGACUCGCUGGUGAAGGUGGAGCAGGCCCCACUUCGAGGGGGCAGCCCCCAGGUCCCUGCCACAGGGCCCGGUCGUGAUGGCCUGAACUCAGGCCAGGCCUCUCCAUGUGCAUCGGAGCAAAGCCCCAGUCCUCAGUCUCCCCAGAACAACUGCUCAGGGAAAUCUGCAAACCCCAAAAACAUGUCUGUAUUAAAGAACCAGCAGCUGAAGCACAUCUCAGCCGAACAGAAGCGACGCUUCAACAUCAAGAUGGGCUUCAACACCCUCAACAGCUUGAUCUCCAACAACUCCAAGCCGAGCAGCCACGCCAUCACACUGCAGAAGACCGUGGAGUACAUCACCAAGCUGCAGCAGGAGCGCAGCCAGAUGCAGGAGGAGGCACGGCGGCUGCGGGAGGAGAUCGAGGAGCUCAACGCUACCAUCAUUUCCUGCCAGCAGCUGCUUCCCGCCUCAGGGGUCUCGGUCACCCCGCGCCAGGUCGACCACAUGACAGACAUGUUUGACGAAUAUGUGAAGAGCCGGACGCUGCAGAAUUGGAAGUUCUGGAUUUUCAGCAUCAUCAUCAAGCCGCUGUUUGAGUCCUUCAAGGGUGUGGUGUCCACCAGCAGCCUGGAGGAGCUGCACCGCACGGCACUGUCCUGGCUGGACCAGCACUGCUCUCUGCCUGUCCUCAGGCCAAUGGUGCUGAGCACCCUCCGGCAGCUGAGCACCACCACCUCCAUCCUGACAGACCCAUCCCAGCUGCCGGAGCAGGCGUCUGAGGCUGUCACCAGGGUCGGCCCGCGGUCGGGGGAGUCCUAGCCCUGUGGCUGGCGCAUGGUGAGAGGCUCACAACCCCUCCCUGCCUUCCUGAUGCCCAGCCUCGGGUCUCCUCACCUCCUGGGCCUUGAGCCAUCAGGAUCCACACUCAGGUCUAAAGCAGGCCCGGGGCCUGCCCACAGUGAUAGCCCCCCAUGGGGACCUUGCUGUGACCUCAUGCAGCGACCUCAGCUAUCCGUCUCCGCUCUCUGGAGGGAAUCGUGGCCUGGCUCUCCCAUCCUCCCCAGGGAGGGAGCAGAUGGUACAGAGAAACAGCCUGCUCCUGUGGGUGGGGUACCUACGGUCCCCCUCAAGCCCACCCUGAGACUUACAGACUUGCCCCUGUCACGUCCUUGUCCACCGGCCCUGCAGGUCUGCACACGCUCUGGCUGCAGGAGGGCCCCAGUGGUGUGACUGUGGGGGACCCAGACUCCCGCAAGGAAGUGCCUUCCCAUCAGGCUCCCCACACGUGUGUCGAUCCUCCGCCCCCAGCAGAAGGGUGGCGCUUUCCCAGCUGGGCUUGCUGCUUCGUUGUACCCCACCUGGUGCUGCCUGGCCGUGGCACAGGAUCCCCACGUGACCCAGCAGCGGCCACCCACUCUCUGCCUCCAUCGCUGCCACUCUCUGGGGACAGGUCCACCUCCAUCCUGGCUGUGGAAGGUCACACUCCACUUUGCCACCAAGGCCUGGUCAUCUCAUGUUUUAGCUGAGAGCCCCAGACCAGGCUGGUCUUCAGAAGGAAGCUGUCACCACCCCGACAGGCAGGACCGUAGGGCCCAGAGGGCAGGGAGUGGAGCUGCAUGCGACCAGCAGGUGCCCCCUGUACCCCCUGCCAGUGGCUGCAGGUGCAGGUGACACACUGCCCUCAGGGAGCCCAGCCAGGGUGCCUCCUCCAUCCUGCUGGGAUGUCCCCAGCAGCCAGCCAGCUUUCCUCCUGUGCACUGUGCACUCCACACCUCAGCACCCCAGUCACCCCGAAGCUCCACUCCACUCAGAGCCCCACCAGUCCUGGAGGCUCAGUGCUGAGGCCUGGUUGGACCCCAGCCCCUGCUCACCUUACUAGUGGAGGACAGAAAGGCAGGGCGGCGUCUCUUGGCCACCAGCAGUGCCACCGUGUGGACCGUGGCCCAUCUGCACUUUUGUUCCACAAAGGAGCAGCUUGGUGGCACCCCUCAGUCACCCCUGAAAACGUGUUUACAGACUGAGGGGUGCACACGGGGUGCAGACUUGGGGUUUCCAUUGGAUAAUGGCAGUGGGUUGGUCCCUCACCCCAGGGACACACAGGUCGAGGCUACUGUGGUCAGUGGCCCACUGGGGUAGGCAGGAAAAGGAAAAUCCAAAUGUUGCAGAGGGCCUGAGCCUGGGGCUCCCCCCCCCCGUGCCUUGUGACACGCUGAUGACGCAGUGGCCAUUGGCCAGGGCCCUCCGGAUCACUAGCUUUCUCCCUGCCUCUGGGAGUGACUUUUUUAAACUCCACGGGAUAUAAAAUUGGCCUCUUGCUUCUCGGGCCAGCCUCUCCCUUUGGUGAAUUACUGUGCGGUUCUGUUUCCCUGAGGUGUUUGCGACCGCUGGGGGGUGCGUGUGCACGCGCAUGUGUGUGCGUCCUGGCAGGCUGACCCAGGCGAGCUGUUUUGAGACUGACUUUGAUUCAUUUCACUUGGUGCUGACGCACGCCGUGGCCACGGGGAACCACGCUGCCCACCCGCCUCGCCACCGCUUUUCGCCUGCCUGGGCCUCCGUCCCGGGUCAGCGCGCAGGGUCUCAGGUCACCAUUCGCACUCCUGCCCACCUCACCCACACAAUCCCGGAUUUAUGUGAAAUCUUGGGGCCAUCGGCGCCUCGUGUUCUUUCACUAUGAGUGGGAGGUGGGAGUGGCGCACGGCUGUGGCAUGGGGCUUUCUGAGUUGACGGUAGCCACGCCUGGGGGUCCCCUCAGGAGAGGCCCCCGCAGCCCGUGGUUUUCCACUGCACGAGGAGAGAAGCAGCGCGGCCUCCAGAGUCGGUGCUGACUCCGCGCAGCCCUCGGCCUGCCUGCACCCUGCUCCCCGCCCCGUGAGGGGCCAGGCCCACCCUGCUCCAGCACCCCGGCGGGCCUUUCUCUGGUUGAGCUGCCCCCGUGGACUCAGAGGAUGAGGCGCGGGGUCCGGAGUGGAGGGGGACACCCAGGUCGCUGGGCCGCCUUGGCAGCAGCCUCCACAGGUGGGGUGGGGGUGGGGCAGGGGCCUCACCCCGGCUCGGCUCCGCGUCUUCUCCCCACUCACUUCCCCUUCUGUCCUCACCUACUUUUUGAGGAGCUCCGCACCUCUGCUGAGGCCUUCCUGGUGCGUCUCCCGAGACGCUGCGUGCCGGUUCCUGGUAGCCUUCCAGGGCAGCGCUGACUCAGCAGCUCAGGCGCCCUGCCGGAGGGAUGUGCCGUGGGCUCUACCCACUUUUGGAUGCCCUGGCCGGCAUGUGUAAGGGGAUUGGGGCUCCCGGCCACCGUGGGGCCAUGUGCGUGUGCAGCAGUGCUCUGACACUGGUCCUGGCAGUGGGGGCUGUGGUCACGACCACCUGGGGUGCAUGGCAGGUGGCCUACCCCAAAGACGCAGAAAUGGCCUCAGGACACAACCUGACUGCUUCCCAGGCACCUGAGGACGAGGUCCUUUCCGCCAUUGCCGUCUGCCCUGCACACCACGCAUCCUGCUCCUGAAGCCAGAAGGCGUUCUUUAUGUUGAAUGUUGACUUUGGUGUGCACUGCCCCCAGCCGAGCCCUGUGUGUGUGUGUGUGUGUGUGUGUGUUCAUGGAGUUUUAUUUUUGUGAAAUUCUUCCACUUAUUUAGCAAAAUUCACCACUAUCUCCCUGGCUGACUCGGGUUCCAGGCUCAACCCCAGGCGCAGCCGUGGCUCGGCUUGGGUGUGCUGAGUGGUGCCAUCUCAGGCAGGGGACAGAUAGGCCUGUUAUACGUUUCUGUCCCUUAUCUUGAGGGGUGCAGCCUGGGGCUUCCCUGUGGCUGGGGUGGAGGUGCAAGCCUGUCACUUCUGUAUCUCCUCGGGGCAGCUCUGUGUAUGUGGUCACUUCUUCCUGUUGUGAGCUUUGGUGACUGCGGGGCUCCUUCGGUGACACUUGGAGGUCUAGAAACCAAAUGGAAGGGUUGGCUGUAACCCAAGGUCCCCCAGAGUGUGUCCCCUAGCACAGCCCUGUCUCAUUGCUUUUGGGAAGCAAGCUGCCACCAGCUGGACUCAACACUGCAAUGCAUUUUCAAAAGUAUAUUUGCAUCCAAGACAAUAAAACCUUAUUUUUUGGACAA